UGUGCACCAAUGCAUACAUGCAGGGUAAAUGUCUUCUCAGCCUGGCUCAAACCCACUUGCCCGAAAGCGAUCUUCGGGGGGAGGACGCAGUGAAGACACCUUGAUGCUUCCAUACGCUGCGCGUUCAGAAACAUCACUGGAGAUCGUGAUUCUACACUAGAUUGAUUAUGAUGAGCUUGCCCUUCUCGCAGGCGUCAUUGUCCUUUGUAGUUGUGCUCUGCAGCCUCAAGCGUGCCACAGACGAUCCAGGAGUACCACCCCCCCUUUGAUUUGCUGGAAUAUCCCGAUCUCCGAUCUGCGGACUCUGGCCGGACAUCGCGUACAUACCUUGAUUGUAUGCUUCCUAUAUUUUUUGGUUGACAUGCUCAUUCGCUCGCUCUUCAGCUACUCGUCGAUCACCCCGAACAGUUCUAUACUUGCUUGUUAUAUGCACACGACAGGUCUGGACGCUCUCAGACUCACCUUCGAUGCCAUCAGGGGUCAUCACAUGCGAACAGCUUAGAGCUUCAGAGAUCGGCAGAGGUAUUCUAGCAGCCGGAGGCAAUGCUGUCGACGCGAUCAUUGCCACCACCCUGGCAGUGCAUACUCUUUCGCCAUACCAUUCAGACCUUGGAGGCGGGGGGUUUGCGUUGAUCAGAAAGCCUGAUGGGACUUACGAUGGACUAGACUUUAGACAGAGUGCACCGCUCGCGGCGAACGCCAACAAGUUGAAAGAUUUCAAGCAGAGCGAUGCAGUCGCUGUGUUGGUCCCUGGAGUAGUGAAAGGCCUCGAAGACUUACAUAAAAAGUAUGGCAAGCUGCCUUGGAAGCGGUUGUUCAAAGAAUGUAUAGCUUUGGCGGAGGACGGCUUUGAAAUGAAGCAGGAUUUGUAUCGCUAUACCGCAAACCUAUGUGGAGAUCCCAAUAACCAGGACACUCCCGAUCGGACGAACCGUAGAGGCUCAGAUAUCGAGCAUGAUCGGUCAUACGAUUGGCUGUUUGAUCGAACGGACGAGAUCCUCCCCCCAACCUCAAUCGUCCGACGUACCGAAUACGCCAAGACUCUGAGAGAGAUUGCCGAUCAUGGCUCAGCAGCUUUUUACGAAGGGCCGAUGGCAGAGGCUACUGUUAAAGUAGUUCAGGAUCGAGGCGGAAUCCUCACGAUGGAUGAUAUGGCCCGCUACAAGACCAGCUGGGUGAAACCUAUGAAAGGUGACUACCAGGGAAAAGCCUUAUGGUCCCUGCCGGCUCCUGCAGGCGGUUCGAUAUGGAUAUACGCCCUGCAGAUCCUGAGUCACAUGGAGAUCAGCGGACACCGGAGUUUGAACGACUAUCAUCGCUUGAUAGAGGCUCUCAAGCUCGCAUACCCUGGUCGAGAUGGACUUGGAGAUCCCGAUUUUAUCGAGGGUCUGGAUGAAAUGCAGCAAAAGUUUAUCCAAGCGGCAUACAGCAAAGAGCGGUCUUCGCUACUGGAUGAGAGCAAAACGUCAGAGGCGGAAUACUAUCAGACCAGCACAAUACAUCGGAAACGCAACGGGGAAGAUCACGGGACGUCGCCGCUUUGCGCUGCAGACGGUUCAGGACUCAUCGUUUGUCUCACUUCUACUGUUGGGCAAUGCUAUGGCUCUCACAUUAUCGUGCCUGGCUAUGGCUUUGUGAUGAACGAUACAUUGAGUGACUUUGCCAUAAAGGGUGACUGUGACUGUGGAGAGGAUGGGCCAUGCUCGGCUAAUUACAUCGGUGGUGGACGAAGACCACUGAGCUCUUGCUGUCCAUAUAUUGUUGAAGAUAACAACGGGCGAGUCCUGCUAGCAGGAGCCGGAGCCGGAGGAAGCACUAUCAUCUCCGGCAACGUUCAGGUGGUCAAAAACGUCUUGAAUUAUGGUCUCUCCGCAUUUGAAGCUGUACGCUCCAGUCGUCUUCACAACCAGGCUUCCCCAGAGUCGACCAAGCUAGAGAAAGCCUCAAACCACCAAGGAGUCAAGAUUGACGGAUUCGCGAACGACAUCGUGCAAGCGUUGAGAAGUAGAGGGCACAAGAUUGAGAUGGUCCCUCAGUCAGAGAGCACGGUCGUUGCAAUCAAGUUUACCUACGACACUGGGUCUGUCAAUUGGGAGCCUGCGGCGGACACUAGGAAGGAGAAUUCGGGAUCUGUGGUAUUUUACCACUUCAGCGAUGGGAAUGAAGCGGAGGAGACCCAUCCCCUGGGUCAAGCGGAGGGUUAGCAUGGCUUAGACAGCAUUCACCGGUCUUCAUGACAGUCACACCGGCGAGAAGCGAUGCUUUCACCGCCCACCUGGCCCAGUCAGCGUCAGCGGUUUAUGUAGCCCUUUGAGUGCCACAAUUGGUUAGUGCAAGUAGAAAGAAAGUCAGCUGCUUCUCCCUUUC